AUGGAACACGACUUGAAGAUACUAAAGUUAAAAUGCGAGGAAGAAGUGGCUCAGGUCCAAGUGAUUCAAAAAUCAAAAGAAACAGUCAAGAAAGAACUGGAAGAACUAAACCAAAAGCUAUUCGAGGAAGCAGACAAGAUGGUCAAGAUCGAAAAGAAGGAGCAAGAAAAGAUUCGUGAGGAAAAUAAUAAAUUACAAAAUGCACUAGAUGAGGUGCAGGACCAGCUGAAGACGACGUCUAGUCAACUGAAAUCAUUAAAGAGCCAAAUAGUGAAGCCUGCUGAGGCCAUGACCAUCGAUCAUCUUUCCCGUGCUCAAUUAGAACUGAUGAUCGCAAAUAAGGCGUAUACCGGGUUACAGAUGGAAGCUGUAGAAGAUGAUGCAGCAUUGAUGGAUUUUAAUGACUUUAUACAGCAAGCGAGUCAUACGCCGCUUAGGAAGCUUCAUUUAUUGAAAUAUAUGAAGUACUGUAUACGAGAAGAUAUUGAGCCCUGUUUACGAUUUGGUCCCAAUCCUCGUACCACCAGCAAAAAGAUAAUGGAUGCUAUCCUAGUCAAGACCUGCUUUGUCGAAGAGUGUCCUCAAGGGUUCGUUAAUGAAGAAUGCGAACGCCAUCUAAAAGAGGAAGCAACGGCUACCUUAUGGGAAAGAUUUACGAAUGGGAGUGUCUUUUUAGGAUGCCAAGCCUGUGGCAGAAAGAUAGAAGAAGAAGAAAGAGAGCAAGUGCUAAAGUACAGAUUCCGAAUAUCCUAUUUUGACGAAUGGGCUUGUGUGGAUCGCUACUGCCGUGAUCGGCUCAUAGCCGUCAUGGAAUUUUACUCAUUGAUUAGACAUAUAAGAGCAGGCUUAUACAAAUUUAGAUCACUUCAUGAACUAUAUCAACAAAUGAUAAGAUUAAGAUUACAAAUGUUCCUUGCAAGAAUGGGCGCAUUGCCUUAUAUGCUAUCUUCUUGCCAGUUAAACCCUCAGACGAUCACAACAGCCUUCCAUGGAGAAGAACACGUAUUACCUUAUUUAAAUGAAAGAUUAUCCAGCUCAACUGAUUCAACAAUUACAUCUAUUUCCACUGUAGAAACAAUAAAUACACUUACAUCCUUACAUUCAUAA